GGGAGUGCUACGAGGAGGUGGUGGCUUUGGAGCAGGCCGAGGACCGGAUCGCGAAGCUGGAGGAGGAGAGCAGCAGCCUGCGGGAGCUGGUGGAGGACAUGCGGGCCGCGCUGCAGAGCAGCGACGCCAGGUGCCUGGCGCUGCAGGUAGGACUGUGGAAAAGCCAUGCUAAUCAUAAGAAAGACGGGACCUGUUUUAUAGGUAAUAAGAGACUGUUAAAGCCAAAACACUCCGAGCCCACCAAGAGCCUUCAAAGUGUCCUAAAGGAGGUGGAACUAAUCCGGAAUUCUAGGGAUGGACAAAUUGAAGAAGCAAUUAGGUUCAAUCAAGAAUUGCAAAAAGAACUGAGGAGUUCUCAAGAAGCUAUAGUGACCCUGGAAGACUGCAACCAUAAUCUGAAGAGGGAACAGGCAGAAAUGAGGAAGAAGGUGGAAGAAGCUAGACAUGCAGUCCUUAACAGUCUUGGCAAAGUGAAGGAGUUAGAAGCAAAAGCCAAUCAAGUGCCACAUUUGCAGAUAUACAUUCAGCAGCUAGAAUCAGAACUACAAUACUAUAGGUCAGAGGUUCUGAUGCUUCAGCUUCCUUCAAGAGGCAGCGCAAAGCAGGAAGAAGUUGCAGCACUGCCGGAGAGAAGGCACAGGGUGUCUGGAUUGUAUGUCCCACGGUUUGAAUGUAAGUCUCUUAAAGCCAUCAGACCUCCCAAGACAGACUCUGGAUAA